UCUCACAAUGGCAGGGAAAAAAUUUACGUUGCUUACAAUAAAGCAAAAAGCUGAAAUUUUAAGGAAGCUAAGUGAAGGAUUUUCUAUCGAUGCCUUAGCCAAAAGUUUUCACGUGCACAGGUCAACAAUAAACCGCAUUAAGAAUAAGAAGAACACCAUAUGGAAGUUCCUGGCGCAUGCUGAAUCUGGUCCUGGGAAGAGAAAAACGUUUAAACCUGCAGAGCUUCCUAAAAUGGAAAGAGCAUUGAUGAAAUGGUUUGCAAAUCAACGAGCCAAGAAUUUACCAAUCACUUCUGAUAUGCUUAAACAAAAAGCCAAGUUUCUCCAUGCCAAAAUUCAGGAAAAAUCGGGGGACUUCCAUGCUAGCAAUGGUUGGAUUACAAACUUUAAAGAAAGAUAUGGAAUACGAAGACUCAAAAUAUGUGGAGAAAAACUUUCGAAUAAGACUCAUUCAGUUAAUCCAUUUUUACAAAAACUGAACAAAAAAAUUGCUGAUUUAGGUUUGACCAAGGACCAGAUAUACAAUGCCGAUGAAUCUGGUCUCUUUUGGAAGCUUUUGCCGGAUAGAACUCUUGUGCGGUCAAAAGAAACUUCCGCUCCAGGACAUAAAAUCAGUAAGGAAAGAAUAACUAUUCUGGCUUGCACGAAUGCAUCUGGAAAUCACAGAGUAAAACUAAUGGUUAUUGGGAAAUCAUUAAACCCACGAUCACUUAACAAUUUUACGGAUAUUCCAGUUGUCUACAAAGGAAAUAAAAGUGCUUGGAUGACCUUGGCUUUGUUUGAGGAAUGGUUUCACAAAACAUUUGUUCCAGAGGUACAUCUGGUCAUCUUUGUUUGUAAAAAAUUUCGUUUAUUAAUUUAAAUUUCCUAAAAUUGCAGGUAAAAG